AUGGCUGGAAUACUUCCUCCCGAUCACAUCGAGCACUAUAAACGACAAAUCGACAUGAAGACGGAGGAUCUUCGUUUCGAAACUAUUACUUUCAUCAAGAACUAUAUUAUAGUUCACAAUCGACUGCCGAAUUUCCCAUGGACUUUCGAGAAGGUACCUACCGUUUCCACUUUCACUUCCCAUCUAUAUCCUUCAGAGCUACCAAUCGCUUCGUUUGCUGAGCAGUACCAUCGGGUACAGAAAUGAAAUGCUCGAGCGGUUGCCAACCAUAAUCGAGCACAGUCUGUACCAAAUGUUCAAGAUUCCGUUUGGAUACGUUCCGAAAGCGGACGAAGGCCGACCAGUGAACAGCGCAAUGAUCACUUCCCAAUUAAAAAGCGAAAACUUGGACGUUGACGCAUUGGUAGGGAAUCUGAUGCGAAUUGUAGCUAUUCGCGUUUGUGUUGCAGGCGUUCCUCCAGCAAAUCUACACCUACAUCAUACUGUUCCACAAGAUCUACCAGAGAUUUCCAGUGAUUCCGCAGUCGUUCACCGUCGGAUACAGAUUUCUGUACUUGUUGCGACAAGAAACCAAAGGGAAUUAUCCGCUUGAGAACCUGCCCAACGAACUGGUAACCGAGCAUCAACACUAUUCGUGUUUUAAUCAGACUAAAUUUCAGAGAUUGCACGUCAUCCGAGUGAUCGGCCACAUUCCAGAUGGCUACAUUCCCGGCGCCGUCCGUCUUUCCAAAUGA